AUGUCCACGACCAUGAGCCGCGAUGUUUAUACCACUAAUCAUAUAGUAGGCAUGCACAAUGACUAUGCAUUCCUGGGGCUAGCGUCAGGCGCUGAUUUACCUGGGCCCUCUACAAGAUACUCAGAUGGAUUACGUUUGCGGCUAGAAGCCAGGAGCAGCAAGCGCAGCAUAGUCAAUAUUGACGACAUAGAGGUCAAACUACGUACAAUUGGCUCGAAGCUAGACCUUCUUUUAACCCUUCCAGGCCAAGAUUUUCUUUUCUGUCUUGGGAGUAGAAGCGUCGCCAUAAGAUUGCAUACUCCCAAAAAUUCGGACUCCGAGGCCAAAAUAUUAUAUCACCCAGAAGUCGCUGACAGUGACUGCUUGACUCUAUCGUUCCCUGUCAAUUCUGGCCAAACUCCCAACAUCUCAAUGCGUUUGAUGUAUAUUAGUAUGGAUAUUGGAAGGCCGUGCGUUCUCCCGAACCCGAGAGCCUUCUCGCGUAUAGUCACCUUUGACGUACACGCAACGCUCUCAACCGUACGAAUUACGUUUCAUACUUUUCGUGUCAGUACUGUCACGUGA